ACAUAUGAAGAUGUCCAUAAUGAAUACUCUGCUCCCACUACGUCAGUAUCUGAUGUCAUGCUUUCCAAAGUCGAAAAUACAAGUGUUCAUGGAAAGCAAUCCAAACUGCCGUCCACAGGUAAUAGAAUGCAGCCAGAGAUCAAAAACAUUAAACCGUGUUUUUCCUGUGGAAAGUUACAUCUACGAAGCACUUGCCGUUUUCGGAGUGCUAAGUGUCACAAAUGUGGUAAAGUUGGACACAUCAAGACUGUGUGCAGAAGUUCGAAUACAUAUGUUACUGAGAAUCCUGAUAAUUCUUCCAAUUUAUCUGGUAAAAUGCAGUCGAUGUCUCUUUCAACUUUUCCCAAUACUCAAUCUCAUCUAAUGAGAACCUUCACUACAAGUUCAGGCAAGUCCCAUUGUUUUAUAAUUGAUACUGGGAGUACUGAAUCUAUAAUUUCUAAGAAAGAUUUACAAUCGAUUUGUAAGAAUGUCCAGAUAGAUCCUACUACUAGUUCAAUUACAGGCAUAACUGGUCAUAAAUUACCUCUUAUCGGGGCUACUAACAUUUCUUUGAAAUCAGACAGUGGUAAUUUUGUAAAUAUUCCCUUUCUUGUUAGUGAAUAUGGUCCAUCUUUAUUGGGAUUAAAAGCCCUUAGAUUGUUAAAUGUCGAAAUUUCACUUUGUACUGAGUUGUUUGAUGAAUCUUUGUUCAGGGAAUUACUUCUCCAAUGCUCAAAGAGUGUAGGUGGUAUGAAGAUUCAGCCCAUCCAUCUUGAAAUAGAGGGUGAUCCUAUCUUCCUGAAACGCCGAUUAAUUCCAUAUGGAUUGCGAGAUGCAGUUAAGAAAGAGUUAGACAAGUUGGUUGAGCAAGGCAUACUUAUGCCAGUUGAGUCUUCAAAUUGGGCUACUCCUAUUGUUACGCCACUAAAGGCUGAUGGAAAAACACCUAGAAUUUGUGGUGACUACCGCCUUACACUCAAUAGUCGUCUACUACAGCAAAGUUGCACUACUCUAGAAACUGAAGACAUUCUCUACAAGCUACAUGGCUCAAGAUACUUUUCCAAAAUAGAUCUAAAAGAUGCCUAUUUGCAAAUUCCUCUUGAUGAGGCGUCUAGUGCAUUAACAACCAUUAAUACUCCAUUUGGAUUGUUCAAGUAUAAGUUCUUGCCUUUUGGUUUAAAGGUUUCACCUGCAAUAUUUCAAAAUGUAAUAAAUCAGAUGAUAGAUGGAUUAGAUGGUGUUGAGUCAUACCAAGACGACAUUAUAGUUCAUGGUCCUAAUAUCGAAUUGCAUAAUGAACGUCUUUUAAAACUGUUCAGGCGUUUAUGUGAGAAUAAUGUUCUUGUUAAUCCAUCUAAAUGCCAUUUCACUUUGUCGUCUGUAUCAUGCUUGGGAUACACAGUAGACUCCGAAGGUUUCAGACCUGAUGCUAGUCGUUUGGCACCUCUAAUUCAAGCACCGUCACCUAAUAAUAUGUCAUCGUUGAGAUCAUGGAUAGGUACUCUUCAGUUUUACUCCAGAUUCAUUCCCAACUUCACUCAACGGUUAUCUCCACUUUUUGAGAUUGUCUCCAGUAAACAGUUUAAGUGGGAACAACAACAUGAGAAUAUCUUGCGAAAAACUUUGGAGUUUCUUAAUAAACAAGCUUUCUUAAGACCUUUUUCAUCGAAAGAUAAGUCUGUUCUCACUACAGAUGCUUCUCCUAUGGGUAUAGCUGCAGUACUUGAGCAAAAUGGACAACCUGUUAUUUGUAUUUCAAGACGUCUAAGUAAGAGUGAACAAGGGUACUCACAAACCCAGAAAGAAGCUUUAGCAGUUGUAUGGGCAAUAAGACGCUUGCACAAGUAUCUCUUUGGUACUAAGUUUCACAUAGUUACUGAUCAUCAAGCUUUGAAAUUCAUUUACAAUCCAGAAAAAUCUUUGAAUAAAUCAUCUGCUGCUAUGGUUCAGAGAUGGAGUUUAGAACUAAGUGCAUAUGAUUACACUAUUGAACAUAGAUCGGCAAAGGAUAUACCUCAUGCAGACUUCUUAUCUCGUUAUUCAUUAUUUGAAAAUAUUGCUAAUGAUACUGAUUGCUUAUUAGUCCAGCCGUUACCGGUGGAUCGAGUUCGACUUAUAAAUGAUACUCGGAAAUAUUACGGAUGUGUUAUAAAUGUGUAGGGGACUAAUAUUAGAGUUCACUAACAUUCCAAGUAUAAAAGUAAUAAUCCAAGUCAGUGGAGUGUUAAAUCACAAUAUAUUACCAAAAAUACAGUGACGAGUUAUAGCAACAAAAAGGAUUACUUGAAGAUAACGUCUAAGUCCUCGGCUACAAAUUAAUUAUAUAAUCCACGGGCACGUUAAUUGUUUGGACUGCGUCUGCUGUAGCUGCUGUGUUCCGGUU